AUGACAGAACUUCUGUUGAUAAUGAAUGUUAGGAUUGAUGAAGGGAGACAGGGUACAAUCAAUGUACAUUUUGGAGAUGAUCCUGAGGUGUUGGCUAGGGAUUUCUGUAUUGAAUACAAUGUGAACUAGAAGUUGGUUCCAUUAUUGAUAGAGAAUAUCAAUAAAAAUUUGGAGGUGGCUGAACAACAGAAAGUGAAUUCUGGUUAGGAUACCAUGCAAUAUUCAACUGAAACCUGCAAUUCAAAAUUUAUGGAAACUCCAUUCAAUGAACCAUUACAUCAAUUAUCAAUGAACAAUUACUACUCAACCCAUUCAUCAGUUCAUGACAGACUUUAUGAAGAUGCAAAAAAUAAAAGAUUGAAAUAGAAAUUGAAUAUUUCUGAUAGUAGAUCCAAAAAAAUCAAAAUUUAGGAGCCUGAAAUAAAUUACGGGUUAUUUCUGUAUUAGAAGGGAAUAAAAAAGAAUGAAGAGAAAUUGUAGAGAGCUGAGAGUGCUAAAAAGGAUUUGCAGAAUUCCUAAUUAGUUGAAUGCACUCAUCACCCACGUAUCAAUCAUGUUUCAAAACAAUUGGUAUAACGUAAAGGAGAAUCAGUGAGUGAACAUUUGAAUAGAUUAGCUUAGGAAUAGAAAAUAAAGAGAGAGAAUGCAAGUCAAGAACACUUGAAGUCAGAAGUCUAGAGUUGUUCAUUUAAACCAUAGAUUAACAGAAUAUCUCGAUACAUAGUUGAAGAGAGAAACGAUAGAAGCAAUUAACCAUGGUAUGAAUAAUUGUAUACUGAUUAUGAUUCCAAGAGACAGAAAUUAGAGUAAUUGGAAAAGUAGUAUUUCUCAUCAAAUUAUACAUUUCAUCCUAAGAUUGAUAUGAUAUCAGAGAAGAUAGUUUAGGGAAGCAGUUUCGAGUAGAGAUAAAAGAUUAGAUCAACAUCAAGGUAAAAUCUAUCUGUGUGUGAUGAUGACAGUUAAUUGUUUAAACCUAAAACUGGCAGACCUCCAGAGAAGAGACCUAGAGAUUUGUUUUAGAAUUUGUAUAAUCAAGCGAAGAUAUGGGAGAAGAAACGAUAGAAUAAAAUUGUCUAAAUACAUCAAUAAUAAAUGAGUACAUCUUAAGUAAGAGCAAGUGAAAAAUCAAAUUAAAUGAUACAAUCACAAAUGCAGGUUUCAUUGAUUAAGAUCUUUAAUGCUUUGGAUAGUGAUAAUGAUGGCUUUAUUAAUUCUGAGAAUUGCGAUGUGGGAGAUUUAGAUGAUAAUGUAAUCAAGAUAUUAUCGCCUCUGCUUUUGGAAAUGGAAUCUGGAAAUCAUACACUGAAUAAGAAGGAAUUCGUGGAGUCUGCUGAAAGAUUGGUUGCCACUUUGUCUCCUUGUGAGAAAUAUGACCUAUUGAAGAAACCAAUUUUAAUGUGUGUAAAUAUUCUUUAUAUGUCUUAAAAAAUUGUGGCAGCCAAAAGGAAUUGA